CGCGAAUUCCACUCAAGAUGGCGGACAAUGAAGUUUCUUCUCAAAACAGUCAGAAGUCGUCACAGUUUAGUCAAUCGGAUCUUCCUGAACUUCUAAAUCAAUACUACAAAAGAUUAUUUCCUUAUAAAUAUUUCGUACAGUGGCUUUCCUACGGAGGAGGUAGCGAAUUUUUGAAAUCUGGGUGAAAUAUGUAGUUCGAUGAUGUAGAUCGUUAAUGAAAUUGACUUGAUUUUUUUUGUGAUUGUGUCGAUUUCGCAGUGCCCAAGACUUAUUUUGUCAAUCGGGAGUUCUCUUUCACGUUAAAAGACGAUGUUUACCUGCGGUAUCAGUCGUUCUCGGAUCAACAAGAAUUGGAGAAGGAAAUACUGAAACGAAACCCGUACAAAAUUGACAUUGGAGCUGUAUUCACCCACAAGGCAAGUUUAAGCUUGUAUUUCAUAUAUGUAGAGGACGAUUUGGGUUUAAACCUGAUAAAGUUGCCUUGGAGGUUUUAAUUUUUAUUUUAUUUUUCUAAAAGAAAAAGGAGGAAUCUAAUCCUCUUGUUAGAUUGAAAUAUUUGGCACUGGAGGGUACCCCCCACUCCCCCCCCCUCACUGCAGUUGCUCUUUCUUGUUCCUUUGGGAGAGGGUGACCUAAUGGUUUUUGGCAAGACUCUGUACUUCAUUGUUUGAAACCCCUUAUCCAUUUUCAAGGCAAAUAAUGUAAUUUUCACCACCCAUUUUGAGGAAUUAAAUUACAAAGGUAAGACACAAUGUUUCCACACUUUUACAGACUUACCCCCAAAAAUGAGUGCAAAUCCUCGGCAGAUGUCCUUUGCAAACGUUCUUAGUAGAGGGGGGACAUCCGUAUUCACAGCUUGUAUGUCUAUGUGCCUUUCAGCCAAAGGAUCACAAGAUGAUUAAACCUGGGGCAUUUCAAGCUGAAGAAAAGGAGCUGGUGUUUGAUAUUGAUAUGACAGAUUAUGAUGAAGUCAGGACAUGCUGCAAGUAGGUUGUCUUCUUUGCAUGAUGCGGGUGCCAUAUAUUCAAAUUUUCCCAUUGUGUGGGUUAUAAAGUGGCAGUGUUGUUAGAGUUACUGAGUAACCAUGUGCCUCACAGACUGACCAGCUGAUGGUGGCAGGGUUUUCAUUAAAUACUAGCAACUGGCUAUUUCGAAUUUUGAGCCACCUGAUUUUGGGGCAAAAGGGCAAGGCGACAGAGUGAAAGCCUGAAAUUGCCUUCAACACCCAACUGCCAAGCUGCCCACUUCUAUAUCCAAGCUGUCUAGCCCAGUUCUGGCCUCUUGUUCUCUGUCACACAAUGCCAUGGCUAUUGUUGCGUGACAGAGAGAGAGCAGACACAACUGGAAUGGCUUGCUGAACAACUGACUGGCUCUGACAAACCUACUGAGUAGGUUGUAAACUGACUGACUCAGUGGCUGCCUGAUCACAUGUCUAUGUCUGCCUUAUGAGUUAAAAACCGACUUAUUUGCUGAGUGGUAGAAUGUUUUUACCAGUAAUCAGCUGGCAGAUUGGCUGGCAGCCAGACUGAGUUUCUUACCAGCUGAUAAACUACCCUGUGGUCUGACACACUGGAUAACUGACAGGUGAACUGAACCAGUGACUGAUCAACUGGCUUGUAGAAUGACUGGCUAACAACUUGGGUCACUGGCUGAUCAACUGGCUAGCAAGGUAACUCUUUUGAUGGCUAGCAGACUGAUGCACUCAGUGGCUAAACUACUAUGUGAUAGACUGAAGUGAAUGCUGACUAGCUGGCUCACUGACCAACUGAUAGAUUGGUCACAUACAUACACUGUUUAGAGGUAGACAUUACGACACCUAAAGGAGGAUCGUGAGGUUAUUCCUUGCAGAUAACCCACCCAGCCCAGGAAAGGUUGGCCAUGCCCCUAUGGUCUACAUCCCCUACUCUUUUUGAACAGUGGUGUCCCACAAAAACAAGAUAACUGAAAGUACCAGAACAUAAACAUAACAUAACAAAACUUUAUUUAUACUCGAAUUUUAGAGUAGCUAACAAGCUAAUAUCUUCGAGCUGACACUACAUGAAAAUAAUAUAGAAAUAUAUAAUUAUAUACAUUAAAUGCAUUAAAAUAAAUAAUAAUAAAAUAAUAUUAAUAGUAAUAAGCACAUUAAAAACAUAUAUAUAUAUAUAUAUAUAUUAUUUACAAUUCACAGUUUUAAGUUUAAGUAUGUCAGGCAAAAAGAAUCUAUAUGAAGGUAACAUCCUGUGACAGGAUGACAUGAGACCAUGAGACAGGACCUGCGGUUUUUUCAUUAUUCAAGAGGAAAAGAUUGCCUAACCAUUUGUAUAUAACAUUACAAAGGCAGCACUUCUCUUCUCAGCCAGGGUUUAAACACGUGACCUCCCACUCAACAGACUGGUGCUCUCCCAACUGAGCUUACCAGGCGGUGACUUAACUCAACAUACUUAAUUGACAGAUAAACUUUUUUUUCUAUUUCAACAGAGGUGCCGAUAUUUGCAAGAAGUGCUGGUUGUUCAUGGUUGUUGCAAUGAAAAUAGUGGACUCAACUCUUGAAAGUAGGUUUCUCAAAUCAGCUUUUUGCCACCUGCACCACCCUUUGACUCUGAAGAUGACUACUGCAUACAGUGUAGGUUGUUGAAAUGUCAGUCACUGUCAACAACAGCUCCAUUCAGAACUAUGCUCGCCUGAGCAAUCACAUUCUACCCACUUAUGACUUGCAACACUUUUGACCAAGGGUUCAGGUAACAUGGGCUCCUCUAGCUAUCAAAGAAACUCCAGUAAAGUGGACAAUUCAGGUUUAUCUACAACAUAAUACUGGUACUUAUUUUGGUGCUAUUGGUUAAAAAAAAUUGCAAACAGAAUUUGAUGAUUUGGUCUGGAUAAAUAUAGUAAUAAAUUGUAAGGUUACAGAUUUGAGCGUCAUACUAAUGUCUUUUAUUGCCGUAUUUAUGUUGCAGGAGAUUUUGGGUUCCAACACAGACUUUGGGUCUACAGUGGUCGCCGUGGUGUCCAUUGCUGGGUGUGUGAUGAAAAGGCGCGGAAACUUUCUCAGAAUGCUCGUUCAGCUGUAGCAGAAUAUCUCAGUGUCAUCAAGGUAAUUGUAGCAAUAGUUAUUUCAAAAUGGUAAAGCCAACAGGCUUAUCUUACCCCUCUGCGACUUCCACUAAAAAACUAAGCAAUACAGAAGGCAUUCUUUAACCUUCUUUGACAAUUCUGGAUUUGCUCCUUAAAGCUUCUCUUCAUAUCAUAUUAAUGGCUGAAUAUUUUAAUGCAGGGUGGUGAAAAUCAAAUCAAGAAAGUGAAUCUCCGUCGACCAUACCACCCUUAUAUCAGGUUAGAGAAGUGGUUAGAUGAUUGUGUUUGAUUUUCUUUUACAACACUUUGGGGUAGGUUGGUACUUCUUGAAAAUACCUACAUGGGUAUGUGUCACCCACGAGGGUUGUAACUUAGGACUCUGUUUUUUUUUUUUCUUUUGUUCAAAAGUAAUUUCUUGGAUAAUUUUCUUUAUUAUUUUUAGAGCAUCCAGUUCUGAAAGUGUAAUCAAAAUGAAUUAAACUGAAUUUGCUUUUUAAGCUUUUAUAUCUGAAUUCAAAUUUUGCAUAAUUUAGCUUUGAACAACCCACCCUGCAUGUUACGUAGCUACCCCAAAUCUAACCAAGUACCACUCUACCCAACCACACCCACCCCUCUGGGCAAGGGGUCUGGACCCGUCAGUUACUAAGCCAACAACCCUUGUAGAGGAGAGUGGUAAAAGAAGUGACUUUAAGCUUUGAAAAAAAAUAUUACUACUGUGAAAUGUCGAGCUCAGAUUUCUGUUUCAGCACCAAAAAUGUGGGCAUAUGACUUCUGUAACCUUUUUCAAACCUGACUUAACUUUGAGUGGUAAUACGAGGUUGCAUCUCACACAAAAAUUUGCCUUUUUAGGAACUCCUUAAGAAUCCUCCGUGAGCAUUUUGUGGAUCUUGUGAUUGACAAACAAGAUGUUUUAUCCUCAAAGGAAAGAUGGGAUGGUGUUCUUGCUCUUGUACCUGAUUGUAUCCUUUAAAUUAAUGUUAAAGACAUUUUUUUAAAAAAAGACACAAACAAACAAAGAAUUCUCUCUGAAUGGUAAAAUGCAUGUCACUGACAGGAUUCCUGCACUAACCUAGCCUGAAUGGUAAAAUCACGCAUGUAACAGGAACACGUGAUAACCGGAUUCCUGAACUAACCAGUAACCCUUUCAAGUUCCAACAGUGAUCAGCAUCAAUAUUCUCCUUAUCAUAUCAGUGGUCACUAGAUCAAAGAGGUCAUGAGAAUUUAACAACAUGAUCACACCUAAUAGGAUAAGCCGAUCAUCACUUGCACUUUUGUCAUAUGGGUAUCAACAUAGCCACUCCUAAAUAACUAUGCAUAGCUGCAACCUACAUUAAAUGGAGUAAAUUUUACUCCAGGGGCCAGUUGUUUAAAAGGUGGAUAGCGCUAUCCACUGGAUAUGUGAUUUGUCUUCAUACUACUUAUACGGUGGAUUAGCGAUUUAUCCAGUGGAUAGCACUAUCCAUCUUUUGAACAACCAGGGCCAGUUGCUUUAAAAUAGAUUAUCUACUUGAUACCCCUCAGAAGCUAAAAUAAAGUUUGCCAACCAAGUGGUGAGUCUUUAACAUAUACAAGCUGUACGAAAUGAACUGAACUCUUCUUGGUCAAAAACAAAGAGGUCAUCACGUAACAGGUGGGAGGAACUUGAUGACUGGCUGAAAGGAAGUCAGGUAACUGUCAGAUGACUUGUUACAGACCUCACUAUCUCACUAAUCUCUUAUUUUAGUUAUUAAAUACUAGAAGCUAUAAAGGAACCAUUGUGUAAGCAAUUGGCACCAAGUGUUGUUCACUCAAAUAACGAACUCAUUCACACCUGCCUUUCAAAUAGCUAAUUACACAGGGGAAAGGCAGGUCUGAUUCUAUGUGAGGGCUACUUUCCUCUAACUUGUAUAAGACAUAAUGGUGACCAGUGCCGAAUGUUCCUCUCACAGUAUCAGUACAUUAUCAAGAGAAAAGCUUAUGGGAAUUAAAUCACAGAGGAAAAAAAGCUCUGAUCUUUUAUUAAAUUCUCCCAAGAAUUUUUGAGGAAAUGGAUAUUAGCUAGCACUGGCCCUAUGAUUUUACCCUCCAGUGAGUUAAGGCCUGUAGACGGAAAAUGUGAAGCAAUAACUGUUGUACAUUAUGACCUAAGUUUCAAAUUUGCCCCUAAAAUGAUUCAGUUUGAAUCUCUUGUCCAGAAAACAGAAACAAAGGAUGAGAUAAUGUUCCAGUACUGUUUUCCUCGUCUUGACGUCAAUGUUACUAAGGGUCUUAAUCACUUACUGAAGAGCCCAUUUUGUGUUCAUCCAAAAACAGGUGAGAAUCAAAUAUGUACCAGCACAAAGUGUGCGUCAAAGACCCCCCCCCCCCCCCCCCCUCUUUGUCCUCAGAAUGAACUGGGAUUAAAAUAAAAAUACAUUCAACCUGCUUAACGGACACCAUUAAUUUUAAUCUGGACACCUCAUCAUUACGGACAGUUUGCUUUGUCCCUGGGAAAAGAAAGCCCUUACAGUUUCUCUAAAUUCAACCCAUUUAAUACGGACACCCUGUUAAUACUAAAACUUUCUAUGGCCCCCUCAGUGUCUUUAUUAACCCUUAAAGUCCCAAUAGUGACCAACAUCAAUUUUCUCCUACCAAUAUCCAUAUGUUGCCAAGAGAAAUGGUUAUGAGAGUUAACAAAAUGACCACUAAAAGAAUAAAGUCUUGAUCUGUUAUCAAAUUCUCUCAACUUAUUCUUUAAGGAAAUGUAUCGAGAUCAGUUUGGAGAAUUUUUAAGUGGAUAUCAGGGCUUAAAGUGUUAAUGGGGUCUGACUGUACAGUCAACACUCUUUCAGACAGACAUCCAUCAUUGGACCAGUACAGAUUGCCCCUCUUGGUUCUUAGAGAUUUCCCUAAAUCCUAAGUGUGACCAACAUAAAUUUUCUUGUAAAAUUAUCAACACAUAAUAAUCAAAAGAGACGGUCAUGAAAAUAAUUAAUGAAAUUGUCACCUAAUGGAAAAUGCUUUGAUCUUUUAUCAAAUUCUCUCGACUCAUUCUUUAAGGAAGUGCAUGGAGACCAGUUUGGGGAAUUUGUAUAUGGAUAUUGGAGUUGAAAGGGUUAGCCCGUUCUCUCCCAAUAGUGCCCAAGAAAAAAAAAUUGAGGGAAAUGAUAAAUAUUUCAUUUUGUUGAAUACAAAAAAAUAAAAUAAUAGUACCCUACAAAAGUACUGCUCAAGAGGUUUCAAUUAAAUAGUAGCACCAUAGGAAUUCAUCCACAAACUCGAAAGUUAGAAUAACAUUUUCUCCCACCAUAUUAUUGACUCCAGGAAUGAAAAGGGAGAAAACAAAUCUAAAAAUUAUGAAAAAUGACACAUACUAACUCCAAGUGUCUGUUUGUGGCUGAUUUCUGUCUGUCUAAUGGAGAGUUGACCAUGCACCCACACAUGUCCUCUAUGCACCCUUGUGCAAAACAUGGCUUAGCGAAGUUUCCAUCUUAUACAUUACCUUUUGUUACCAUAUUCCAGGUCGUGUUUGUGUUCCUAUCAGUAUGAGGGAUGUGGAUACCUUUGAUCCAUUUACAGUUCCCACUAUCAGGUUUAAUAUUGCACUUGAUUUUUUUCCUAAUAAUUCUUAUUAUCCUGAAGUUAAAGCUGGGUAACUAUUGUUGAAGUGUUUUGGUCCAUUUCAGGGAGUGGUCUUAAUUCUAUCUUGUAUUGAAGGGUCGAAUCUUUGCGGGAAAAAGUAGACGAAGAAGUUAAAGAUCAUCAUCUCUUUGACAUGGACCAUGCUUUUAUAACCUCAUUUUAAAUUGCCUUCCAUGGGUCGAGGCAGUGCCCAUGCGCUUUAAAUGAAUAAUAUUGCUUGAGUCCAGUUUCAGCAAAUAUUGUACAUAAUUUAAUUUAUUAUACAUUCAACUGCAGCCAACUUUGUGAUGAAAUUGAUGAACAUGAGAAAAAUUCCUCAGACAUGAUCGAAGAAGAAAAGAAAAAGAUGCCAGGUAUCAGUGAAAACCAAAACGUUUCUCCCCUGCUACUAAUUAGUUACUUGCAAACCAACUUUUUCGCCAAUCAGUUGUUUUGUUAUGUUUAUUUAAGAUUAUCUUUGGACUUGACAUUUUGUUAUCCAUUUUCAGCAUACAUGAAAACCUCUCUCAAAAAGCCCAUUGGCAUUUUUGUGCAGUUUUUAAAGGGACUUGAAAGUGAAAAUGACAACAGGCGAAAGAGCUUCCGUGAUGCUGAAGGUAAGUGA